UCAAAACUUUUUAUAUAUUGGUUCCACCUUGCAUUUUCUUUCUAGGGUUUUGUCAAAUUUCCUCGCUCAAGCUUUUGCAAUGGCGAGCUCGAAGUCAGUCGAUGCCUCCCUCUGGUGGGACCCUUUCAAUUCCCUCCUCACUGAACUCGAAAACGCUCCUAUGUCGUCGGACCUCCCUCCUCACCUAUGCAAAAAGUUGAAAGACAAUCACGCGUGGUUCGUAGACACCGUGUCGCUCUUCAAGCCGCCGAACGAGAAAUCGAAGGACGCUUUGAACUCACAGAAAGUGAUAAUUGGCUCUCACGAAUUAAAUAUACGCCCUGAUUUGAAAGAAAAUGCGUUGCGAAUCAGCUCCUACUUGGGUUUAGAUGAGGUGCAAUCGUACAUUCUUGUGGAUAGGUCUCUGGAGAGCAACAAUGUAGACUUUGAUUCUAUUGUUCGAGACUCUCUACACGCGAUUUUGCUUUGUUAUUACGUUGAGCGACAGUGCUUGCUGAAGUGUACCAGGCAGAUUCUCAUGCAUGCUUUAUUUGUUGGGAGUAACUUUAAAGAAGAUAAUGUAGUCAAGGAGGAGGCACAAAAGCUGAUUACCGAUGGAUUAGAAAGCCAAAUGAUCUGUGUCUUGGAGAACCUUCUAUCUUCCACUCAUCCAGAGCAAAUGGAUGUUGAUCUUUUCACUUUAUGGGCUGAGGAGACACUGACUGAAGACAAUUUGGUUUUGGAAAUUCUAUUCCUUGUGUAUUACGAGUCAUUUUGUACUUGUACUGGUGAGAAGUGGAUAAAUUUAUGCACGAUCUAUAAGGGAAUUAUACUUGGUUCUUAUAACAUUGAGAAGCUAGCAAUAUCGACUGAGGCACUGCAGUCUACUUAUGAUGCCAAAGUUCAGUUGCUACUCAUACUUAUCGAAUCCCUGGACAUCAAAAAUCUUCUACAAAUGGUUCACGAUGCGUUGCCUUUCAGGGCGGGCAAUUCAAUUUUCUCUUUGACUGAUAUCCAACAGAUUGAUUCACUAAUAUCCAGUUUUAGUGCUUUUGAAACAAAAGAAGCUGGCCCGCUAAAUCUGGCAUGGGCAGUGUUUCUCUGUUUGAUUACAUCACUUCCGGGAAAUGAGAGAAAUGAGCUUAUGGAAUUUGAUCAUGUUGGCUAUGUUCGUCAAGCCUUUGAAGCUGCUUCAUUAAGUCGUUUUCUGGAAAUUCUUCAAAGUGAGUUGUUAACGGCAUCAGAUGGACCUGCAGCUGGUUACCGAAGUGUCCUGCGAACUUUUAUUUCUGCAUUUAUUGCAUCGUAUGAGAUUAAUCUUCAGUUUGAAGACAGUACCCUCAACUUAAUUUUGGAUAUUCUAUGCAAGAUUUACCAAGGAGAGGAGUCACUUUGUAUCCAGUUCUGGGACAGGGAGAGUUUCAUCGAUGGUCCUAUCCGGUGUCUUCUUUGCAACUUGGAAGGAGAAUUUCCUUUCAGGAGUCUGGAACUUGUUCGCCUUUUAUCAGCACUCUGCGAAGGAAGUUGGCCUGCCGAAUGUGUGUAUAACUUUCUAGAUAAGUCUGUUGGUAUAUCGUCCCUGUUUGAAAUUACAAGUGAGGCCUUGGUGGAUGACAAUGCUCAGAUUGUUGAAACUCACAUUCCACUCCAUAUCCCUGGAAUUGAUGGUUUGCUCAUUCCUAGCAAAACUCGUGGACAUGUCUUGAAAGUCAUUGAUGGGAACACUGCUAUCGUGCGCUGGGAGUAUCAACAAUCCGGGGUGCUUGUAUUGCUAUUGCAUUUGUCCCAGGAGCUUUAUCUGGAUAGCAAUGAGGAAGUUCUUCUCACUUUUGAUCUGCUCAGUCGACUUGUUUCCUUUAACAUGGCUGUAUGUUUUUCUUUGAUGGAUAUUGGCAACUCAUUACAUCUUCAAGCCACUCGAACAAAUAGAGAAGUGGAGAAGAAUUUUUGGGUGGUUGAGGUCAUUUGCACUGUGAUAAGAAAUUUACCUCUUAAUCCCUUUGGUGCUGCAGUCAUGUCAAGGGGUGUCAACAUAUUGGCAAAUUUAUUGAAAUGCUCCCCCUCUCAUGUUUCCGCCAUUGCUCUGAAAGCAGAUAUCUUUGAUAUUGCCUCAAAGUCCAAUGCCUUCAAUGUGUGUUAUAAUGGCUCCUUGAGUGGGUCGUGGCUGUUAUCCGGAAAGCUUGCAAAGAUGCUUUUAAUUGACUGCGAGCAGAAUGAUUAUGACUUCCCAUUAGCUAUAUCAGUAUUGCACUUCACCAUGCAGCUUCUUGAGGCAGGAUUGGAGAAUGAUUUUCUUUUGGCUUUGAUUGCUUUCACGGUGCAAUAUAUACUAGUUAAUCAUGAGUACUGGAAAUACAAGGUGAAGCAUGCUCGGUGGAAAGUAACACUAAAGGCACUUGAAGUGAUCAAAACAUGCAUAAUCUCAAUCCCAUACUAUGAAAAGUUGGGCAGAGUCCUCCAGGAUAUGUUGCUAGCUGAUUCUUCUGUCCACAGCACUCUCUUUCGAAUCGUUUGCACAACACCACAAGCCUUAGAGAACCUUUAUAUGAGCCGCCUCUUUGACCCAAAGGAGAUUGAAGGCUUGCAGGUUGCUAUAGCUUCUGUCAUGAAUAUUUUAUAUCUCAUGCUUUCCAAAUUUUCUAAGGGUAUGACAUCCAGCCUUCCUAUGUUUCACCAAGCCAUUCUGUCACCUGCAGUCAGACCAAUUUCCGUUCCUGCGGCUGUUAUAUCCUUGUCAUCGUAUUUUCGCUGUCCUCCAAUACAGGUUGGCUCUGCUAGACUACUUACCAUGCUGUUGAUUACGGCAGAUUAUGCACAACCUUUUUUGCAUGGGAAUGCAUGUUUUAGUCUGGAUGAUAAGCAGAUUGCAGAUAUUAGGUAUUCUAUUAACCGCAUAUUACUUGAGCAGUCAAUGUGGAAUGAAGACCUAUUUUUGGCUACAAUCAAUGUGCUCACCGCUGCAGCGCGUUAUCAGCCUGCAUUUCUUGUUGCUAUUUUCCCUUCAAAAGUGAAUGUGGAUGCAUCAGUGAAUGACCCUGGUGGCGUGAAAAGGCUUGCAGAUGAAACUUCCUUUGGGACUCCAGACCUUGACAAAUCUUGUCCGAUAGAUCUACUGCUGCAAUAUGUUGAGAAAUCUGCCAAUUUUAUGAAGAGCAAUCCCCGCAUACUGUUCAAUGUGCUUGAUUUCCUGAAGGCAUUGUGGCAAGGGGCUGGCCAUUACAUAUAUAUUUUGGAAUCUCUGAAAAGGUCUGAGAAGUUUUGGAAGAAGUUAUGCAACUCUGUUUCAUCAUUUGCUAUAUCGGAUGCUCCUUCAGUGGAAAGUUUGACUGAAAUAGAGGCUCAAAAAUGGGCAUUCAAACAUCAUUGCCGCUGUGCUGCAUUGGAAACAAUGGCAUUGGACAUGUUCCUCCAGAAAAAGUUGUUAUUUUCUGAGGCACUUCUAAAAGGAUCCUCUGAAUUGAAGGAGAGGACAGAAAGUGCUGAAAAAGCGAAGUCUGUGAUUGAUGUUGAAUUGAAGGGUAUUUUGUCAAGUUGGUGUGAGAAAUCUGUUUUAGGCAGCCUCAUCAGAUCAUAUACAUAUUCUCAAUAUGACAACAGUACAUUUUUUCGUGCAAAGGUUGCUGCAAGUGCAAUAACAGUACUUGUGAUGGGUAAAUUAGCUGGUGGAGAUUCAGGAAGUUUGUCUAUUUCAUUGCUGGAGAAGAUCCUUGGCAUCUGUGAAAAAUUGAAAUGUCAGCCAGCGUUUUCUGAAUUGGCUGCGCAAUACAAAGGACGGGGUUACAGUGAUGGUAAGGAGCUACACACACUAAUACUCAGCGAUCUUUACUAUCAUCUACAAGGAGAACUUGACGGCCGAAAGAUUGGUCCAGGGCCAUUCAAAGAACUCUCCCAAUUUAUAAUUGCAUCGAAUUGUUUUCAGGCUUAUCAGUGUAAGCGUGACUCUGACAUUUCUAUAAAUUCAAAGGAUGAAGCUUUGUUUGAUAUUGCACGAGUCCGAGCAGAUUUGGGGUUGGACAAGUGGGAUUAUUCAGAGUGGAAGACGUCCAAAGAAAUUGUAAAUGCAAUGUUGGAUUGGUUCAAGUAUGCAAACUCAAUGGUGUUGCUUGCUAGUUCGAGGUUUUACGCACUAAAAGCAUUAAUAACUGUUUUGACUUUGUAUGAGGAUAAUUCAAGGGGGAAUACAACUGGAGGGAAGAUCCCUGAGCAACUUGUUUCUUCUUGUGUUGAUCACAUAUGCCAAUAUUUCCACACUGCAGUGGAAUCACUAGCUCCAGUACUGGAUGCAUCUGAAGAUGUCCUUGACUUCCUUGGAGCUCAAGCAGAACUACUUCUCCAUCUUAUGAGAUCUGUAUGGAAAAGCCUGCCAUUAUCUGAUUGUGUACUUGUUUUAAAAACUGCGGGUUUUGGCCUCAAGGUGCUCUUCGACUUCCACUCAUCAGUUAGUAGGGUAAAUACAGUAAUCAAGCUUUUACUUGUGUUACAACUUUUGGCUGUAGAAAUUAUCUGCCAAAGCCCGCAUUUGGGUGGGGUGAAUGAUGCGGAAUCGGUUAAAGUUGCUGAGGUUUCUAAUUUGAGCUUAGGGCUAAUACCAACUCUCUGCACUGGCAUUGCAACUGUUGAACAUUGGACUCUCGCCCUUACUACCAUUGACUUAAUACUAAGAUGUGUUUUGACACCCCAGACUUGGUUUCCAGUUAUACGGAAACAUCUCCCCUUGCAGCAUUUGACUGUGAAGCUUCAGGAUAAAAGUUCUCUUGCAUCAAUUCCUGGUAUAUUGAAGUUCUUUUUGACCCUUGCAUAUGUCAGGGGUGGUGCUGAGAUGCUUCUGAGUGUUGGUUUUUUCUCCUCCCUAAGAAUGUUGUUUGCUGACUUAUCUGAUGAUAGAUCUUCCACCGUAAUCAUGAACAAAAAGAGUCCCUUCACUUUAUCUGACGGAACUGAAAAGCCUCAAAAGAUUUGGGGGCUUGGCUUGGCUGUGGUCACUGCUAUGGUUCAUUCCCUGGGAGACACUGCUUCUUGUGCUGAUAUUGUGGAAAAUAUGAUACCUUACUUCUUUUCUGAGAAAUUUUAUCUGAUUUCUUUUUUUCUCAAUGCUCCUGAGUUACCAACCAAUAACAAUGACAAGAAAAGACUUCGGGCACAAAGAACUCAAAUUUCUCUCUCUGAUCUUAGGGAAACAGAGCAUACCCUCAUGCUUAUGUGUGUCCUAGCAAAACAUUGGAAUUUGUGGGUUAAGUCUAUGAAAGAAAUGGAUUCGCAGUUGAGGGAGAAAUGCAUUCAUCUUUUGGCAUUUAUUAGCCGGGGAACUCAAUGGCUUGGAGAUUUGCCAAGGAAUACUGCCCCUCUCUUUUGCCCUCCUGCCCUCAAAGAGGAGUUUGAUUGGUGCAAGAAACCAUCACAUGUCAACAGCAGAAAUGGAUGGUUUGCUCUUGCACCCCUUGGUUGUGAGGCAAUGCCAAACCUUUCGGCUGUCUCAAAUGCAACAUCUGCUCUCUUAAUCGUGGGUCAGUCAACUGAAGGCACUAAUCUUGCUUCUCACACAGUUUUCUCUGAUUCUGUUGCUCUGCAAAUAUACGUGAUCGCAUUUCUUCUUUUGAGAUUUCUCUGUUUACAAGCUGAGGGUGCUUCUGAAAGGGCCGAGGAGUUGGGUUUUGUUGAUCUUGCUCAUUUUCCUGAGCUCCCAAUGCCUGAGAUAUUACAUGGCUUACAGGAUCAAGCAAGUGCUAUUGUUUCUGAAGUGUGUGAGACAAACAAAUCAAAACAUAUUCAUGCUGCAACCCAGUCUGUCUGUCACUUACUCCUUCAAAUCAUGGAAAUGGCUUUGUACUUGGAAUUGUGUGUUUUACAAAUAUGUGGAAUAAGACCAGUUUUGGGGCGUGUGGAGGGUUUUUCGAAAGAAAUCAAAUUACUGUUUAAAGCAAUGGAGGGCCAUGCAUUCUUAAAAGACUCAGUGAAGUCCUUGAAGCAGAUAAUAUCACUUCUUUACCCUGGACUGUUACAGAGCGAGGGCCUUUUGUGAAAAGCAGAAGAGAACAUAUUGGGUUUGGAAGUGAAGAAAGGGAAAACAGAAGUGUUUAGACUAUUCUGAUUAUUACUUACUAAUUGUUACCUCAUAUAAUCUGUUUAAAGAAAAUGUAAAAGUAUGCCCUCACAUUCCUCCUGUAGAAUACGUCUGCAUUUUCUUCCUGCCAUUCUUGUUUUAGAAGAGUGAGCAGAUGAUGCUGGCUAGGGAAGAGACUUUUGUACAUUUUGUGGUGAUUGAUUCAUGAUGAUGAUGACAUGACAUCAAAACUAUCUUAAUUAUAAGUCUGAUGAAAGAUCAAAGAUGUA